AUAUAUAUUUGUAUAUUGGUGCUAAUAUUUAUAGGCAUAUCUAUUUUAUGGACUUCCUGGUUUCAUGACGUCCAAUCCUACUUGUCUCUACCCAACGCCCGUUAGUCAGUUUGUUCCAUCACUGCCCUGUUUAUCUUCUCAGGUUAGCAGGGCAAAUAGUCGGCCAGCCAAUCAGAAGAAGAGAACAAAGAAGAAACCAGAUGUCAUGAAGGGUGGUAAAGAGCAGAGUCAGAAAGAAGAUGACCAGCUCUCGGAAGGAAACGUGUCGGACUCAGGAUAUACGUAUGCAUCUCAGUCGCACGGUACAUCUGCUCGUAGUAAUUCAUUCUAUUUUCCAUCUUGGUCCCGAACCAGCAGUUCAGAAUCUGAUUAUUCAGACAGUGAAACAAAUCAAGUCUUGAAACUUCGUUCGCUUCAAGCUAAAGUGAGACAGUGUACUUUCAGUGCACUUCAAGUGAUAGUGAAGGUGGGUAGUUUAAACAAGGAAACUGAUGAAACUAGGAUCUGUACUUCAAGUGAUAGUGAAGGUAGGUAGUUUAAAC